AUGAAACUUAUCCGAGGUUCCUUGAUUUACAGAAGAUGUCCUGAGUUGCUGAAGCCAGUUCUGGGAUUUAUCCCAGUGCGCCAGGCCGGAGGCAUGGGUCACUUCUACGUACCUAGAGAUGACUGUAGUUCCAAUCGGACCGGGUCGGAUUUACCUCUCAGUGAAUUAACCAAUCUCAGUCUCCUCGACUUUUACAAUAGUUCGCUGGCCGCCCACGAUGCCCCUUUUAACAUCGGGCGUACGCUCAACAUGAUUCUGGCUGUGAUGGGAAUUCUGGCUAACAUGGCCUCUUUGACGGCGAUGUGUCACAUUUCCGGCCCUCUCUCAGCCAAUCAGCGUCUCAUCAUCAGUUUGCUCGUCUCGGAUUUAUUCGUCAGCACCACCAUCCUCACUACGGUUAUAAAUAACGCGCUCUUCCCUUUUUUUCUGGGGCCGGGGAAAGAUUACGGACAAAAGCUCUGUUUGUAUACGGUAUUGAAGGCGCUGGUAAUGGCAUCUCACACUAUAUCUCUUUUCAAUCUGGUUCUGUUAUCCUUAGAUCACUUCCUGGCUAUCAACAAACCUCUCCGGUAUAUUCAGUUGAUGACGGGCAAGAGGGUUUCCUGUGGCAUCGGUGCCGUUUGGAUACUUGCAGCUUUUUGCGGCUUUUCCGAUUUCCUGUUUCCCGGUCAGUUUUAUCUGUAUUGCGAGGGUAUGGAGCUUGUGAAUUUCUGCGAGGUGGGCUACUGUACGAAAUACGAGACGGAAUACCUUUUAUUUCCUCUGGUUCACGUCUGUUUCAUCAUCAUGGCCGUGUUCUACAGCCAGGUGUUUCACACGAUAUAUCAGUACCAGAAAAUGGCAGGCCGUCACCAGAGACAUAUGCGGAGAAAUAUAAAAGGCCUGGUGACAACUCUGCUCAUACUGGGGUCUUUUCUCGUCUGCUGGUUGCCUCACUGUAUCUUCGAGGCGUAUAUUUUGGUCAAGUCACAAAUAGAUCACAUGGGAGUUAUGGCGCAGUACAAACUCGUCAUGCACGUGGACUAUUACCUGUAUUCGCUUUGGUUGGCCAAUUCUGUGUGCGACCCAAUCAUUUAUGCUGUGCGCAUGCGCGAAAUUAAGAACGGAUAUUAUCGUAUGGUUAGGUGCAAUCGCCGGGACAGCUCGGCGGUGAGUUCCCCGCGUUUAUGCUCAGCCUCCUACUACCGCAGGUCUGUCACCAACACAUCAGCCGUGGAAAAUAUGGAGCUUAAGUCACAAAGCCAUUUCUCGACAAAUAAUUCGGUCUAGAUAUCCCAGAAUGAUAUUUGCUUGUUCAUUGUUAAGCAUACUGUUAUCAAGAUGAUUUCAUUUUUAUGAGUUCGACAUACAUUGCUUUGUUUGCGAACAUGACUUAUAUCAACCAACGCGCCUCUCCUAAACUUAGACUGAUGCGUCAAUUCAUCAGGGAGACAAAAGUUCUGCUGUCGAUCUGGAAUCAAGACAUAACCGAUGGACUUCACUUAUUACGUUUUGCUUUCGGUUUGUAGACUAACAGAUCACUGCCAUUCGAAGACUAAAAUAAAAAAAGGUGUUUCAGUCCAGCACUGAAGACUCCAUCAUUCAU